AUGAGGGGUUCCGUGGUUGGGAGCGUCGUCUCUUCCUUAUUGUACUUCGAAGCCGUCCACGGUUUCGGAAUUCCUGCACCAUAUGCGCAACCGAGAGAAGCCGGCGAGGAAAUUCUAGCUGCUCUCGCCGAUCCAGAACAGCCUGAUAGCGGCGUAGCCUUCUUCGAGCAAUAUAUCGAUCAUAAAAACCCGGAGCUUGGUACAUUCAACCAGACCUAUUGGUAUAAUGCAACUGCGUGGAAGGGCCCGGGGUCUCCCGUGGUUAUGAUUACUCCCGGAGAAGUCGCCGCCGCGGGUUAUGAGUUAUACUUGACCCCUCAAGUGAUUUCCGGCCUUAUCGCGCAGGAGGUCGGUGGUGCUGUCAUCUUGAUCGAACAUCGAUACUGGGGCAACAGCACGCCGUAUAAGGUCCAAACGACAAAGAAUCUUCAGUAUCUAACCAUGGACCAAUCUAUCGCCGACUUCGUCCACUUCGCCCGAACAGUGAAGCUGCCGUUCGAUGUAAACGGGACGGGGAUAUCAAACGCGCCAAAAGCUCCUUGGAUCUGGAGUGGUUGUUCCUACCCCGGCGCGUUGGGAGCCUGGACCGAGAGUAUUGCCCCCGGAACAUUCUGGGCGACGCACUCAACCAGUGGCCCCGUCGAGGCUAUCUAUGACUUCUGGCAAUAUUUCCAUGAAACCCAGCAAGGAAUGCCCAAGAACUGCUCCAAGGAUUAUAGUGCCAUCAUCAACCACGUCGAUCGUGUGCUCACUCACGGUUCCCGUAAGGAGCAAACUGACUUGAAGCAUCUAUUUGGGCUCCAAGACCUCACGCAUCUCGAUGAUGUUGGCGCAGCUAUUUCCUCGCCGAUCUCAGCUUGGCAAGGCAUGGACUUUUUCUCUGGUUACUCCCAGUUCUACCAAAUGUGCGACGCUAUCGAGGGCUUCUUCCCGAACUCGACCAACUCGACCCGGCCGUCUAACCACACAAGCUCCUGUGGAGUUGGUGUUAAGAAAGCUCUUCCCAACUUCGCCAGAUGGUAUAAAUCCAAGUUCCUACCUGGACGUUGUAAAGAUCUGGGUUCUGGUUCCGCGUGGCAGAAUCAGCUCGACGUAGGAUGUUUCGACACCUACAACGCCUCUAGCCCGAUGUACACGGAUCUAUCUCAGGCGAAUCCGUUCACUCGUACUUGGCUGUGGAUGACGUGCAACGAUCCCUUUUCGUGGUGGCAGACCGGCGCCCCAGCAAACCGCCCAACAGUCUACUCCCGUCUAGCCGACGCCGCCUACUUUGAGCGGCAAUGCUCGCUAUUCUUCCCCAAAGAGGGGAAUUACACCUACGGCAGCGCGCGAGGCAAAACCGCCGCCGAAGUAAACGCCAAAACGAAAGGGUGGAUGCUUCCCGAUUACCUAGACUCGGAAUCGCGCCUGCUCUUUGUAAACGGCGAGUUCGACCCCUGGCGGUCAGCUUCCGUGGCUAGCGAGUUCCGACCGGGCGGACCGCUGGUCUCGACGCCGGAGGUGCCGAGUAUUAUCGUGCAGGACGGACAUCAUUGCAAUGACUUGUUUACGGCAGAUGCGCUGAUUAACCCGGGCGUUAAGAAGGCGCAACAGGAGAUUGUAGCGCAGAUGGUCAAGUGGACGAAUGAGUUUUAUGAGAGGGCGAAUGGGACGACGACGCGGCGGAGUUAUCCGCCUCCGAGAGGUUUGAGGGCGGCGUUGUAGGUGCUGUAGUGCGG